AUGAUUCAUCCGAAUCCAAAGUUUGGUGCCACACAAUUUUUCAUUUGUAAUCAACAACAACAACCACCACCACCACCACCAUUACCAACACUAUCAAGAACAAGAAUGACUAACUCAAAACAGGUAUUACAAUUAUAUAAACAAUUAUUGAACAAAGCUUAUAAAUUUGAUAAUUAUAAUUUCAGAGAAUACACCAAGAGAAAAGUUCAUGAUACAUUCAAAGCAAAUAAAGGUGUGUCGAAUCAAGAAGAAGUUAGUAAAUUAUAUAAUGAAGGUAUAAAUCAAUUAGCUUUGUUAACUAGACAAACCACCAUAUCUCAAUUAUACACAUUUGAUAAAUUGGUUAUUGAACCAUUAAACAAGCAUCAUUAA